AUGAAGAGUCUUAACCAAAAACACAUUUUGAGGGGCGACGAGUACAGACUACUCAUCGCCAAGGUUGUCAAAGUCGAUGACUUUCAUGAAGGCAUCAUCUCCGGCGGCCGGGGGUGGAAGGGGAGAUUCCUCCCAGGGAGUCCUCCAGACUGGCUGCUCACCCGAUAUCAGCUGGAGCAGGUGCUGCUGGACCUCCUGCAUAUGCCGAGAUUGGGCCUUCUCCCGCUCGAUGUGAGCAAGGGUCACGCACUGCUAGGUCUCCAUACGGUUAAGGCGCUCAUCAUAGGCAGCCAUCCGGGUCUGAUACUCGGCUUGGUGAGCCGAGUACUGCUGCUGGAAUUGGAGAUGAUGGUCGAGGAGUUGCUGAUUCUGGAGGCUCAACUGCUGGAACUGGUGAGUGAAGUAGUCCUGGGCUGGGAAAGUCGAACUGCUACCCCCGUACCCGAAGGUGGUCAGGCGGGGGGCGUCAGCAUCAUCCACAUCCUUAGGGUGGACAUCCUCAACAGCCUCAUCCUCAGGAGCAUCGCGCUAGUCCUCCGCGGAGAUUUGAGGUUCACGAAACCCCGCGAUCCACUUGAUGCCGCGCUCGACUCGCAGCAGGUGCAUACUCUUGAUCGUGUCUUCGCCAAAGACACUAGUGCCCCCUGCUCUGUGCAACCUGCAGUGGGAUUUGGAAGUAGGUGGCCAGACGGGUGA